AAAAGGGCGGAAAAUGUGAAAAAUGGAGGAUCGAGGAGUACCAGAGGCGGUACAAUAUGAACUGACCCGAUGGCUGGAAUAACUUGACAUUUGUAUAAUGGGCCUGUGUAUAUGUUUAUGAAUGAAUUUAAACAUAAGAUUGAUCAAAUUUGCUGGUAUGUCUAUAUUUCGACAUCUUUAAAGUCUUACCGUUACAAAUUUAAUGACAAUAACACUAUAACAGUACAGUUACCAUAGAUUUAGCUUCGUAGCUUGAAAUUUGAAGUUUAAUUGAAUAGCUGAAUGAACCUACUUCAGGUAAGUAAUUAAAGCUAUAUAGGUAAUUCAUGGUAUGCAGCUAAAUCCUGUAAUCGUAUUUGACCCGAACGAUAUUAAAAUCAAAUAGGCUAUAUUUAAAUCAUAGCUUGCUUCGGCAGAAAAGUGAAUCACUCCUGGCUCAUUCAUAAAUGAAAAUGACAAUAACAUUUGCAAUGCUUACCUGAAUCUAGAAAUACGUUUUACAGAGAAAAAAAAACUACUUGUAAACAAAUGCCCAGUAUUUUAGUUUUGAUGGUAUUUAUCAAUUUUGUGUACAUUUCCUAGAAAUGAUGCCUGCAUAUAAAAUUUGGAUCUUGUACCAUAGCUAGGUGGAUUUUCCAUUGUAAAAUGAUGUGGUAUAUUCCUAAGUACACCAUGGCAUAUGGACUAACUUAAUAUUAAGGGGUUAAGGUACAUGAAGUUAUGCUUCUGUUCUAUUCAAACUGAAGCCAUAUAGAUAUACCAUAGCCACAUACAUGUACACCAUGACCUAUAACCAUGUCACACUGUAGAAAUGACUGCAUGAUGAAAUCAAUUUAUUUUAAAUUUUAUUUCAGUUCAAUACAACUGUAUGGAAGAAAUGAUCUCAUUUCAUCAAAUUAAAAGUUCAAUUAUAAACAGUACCAUUAGUACCACGCCAUCAAUUUUCUGGUCUGAUAGUGACAGCUGGUUUCUCAGCAGGUACAUUUACAGACAAAUCAGCUGAAACGGUCUCAUUUCAUCAAAUCAAAAGUACAAUUAUAAGAAUUAAGUACCAUUAGGUACUGCCCCAAUGACUUUUCUGGUGGCCUGGGUUUUUGGUAGGUACAUUCAUAGGCACAUCAGCUGCUUUUAUUUUAAUCUCCUUUGAAUUUGGAACACUACUUUCAAGGACACCUGAGACAUCUUUCAGCAUCUCAUUGGAGAGACUUUUGUAUUUUUGUAUAUCAUGGUACGUUAAGAGAUUUACCCAAUACAAUUGCAUUGGUUUAUGUUGAAAUAAACUAUGCACUCAUCCAUACUUCAUAUGCAAUAGGUAUCUGCAUCUGAUGAUCAAUAUCGCUCCAUGCACUCAUUAUCAUAUGAGCAAGUAAAAUCUUAAAGAUGCUAGUAAUUAAUAUAUUUGUGAAGAAUAUCAUUUAUUUUCUUUUAAUUAAAAUUAUUAUUUUUCUAUUCCAGGAUUUUGUAGAUAACUAUUUGGUUUGAGACAAAAUUAUUGCAAUAACAGUGUAUACUGAAGUUGAAUCUGACAAUUGCUGCAGCAAUAACAUGGAUACUGAAGUUGAAUCUGACAGAUACCUUUCAUGGGAAGACUUCUUAGAAGGGAAGACUUCCCAUUUAUCGGGAUAUGUUUCAUCACUUGUUCAACUUGAGAAGUUGAUUCUGGAAUAUGAAUUUACAACAUCUUCAAGGUUCCGAUCAUUAAAAAGCACAAAGGACUUUGGGCAGAAUAUAGAUCUAUCAUCCAUUAAGACACUUAAUGUGAGAUUUUCUGAUACCCAAAGCAACUGCGAUCCUGCAAUUCCAUAUGAUGGAGCUCCAUUUUUGAUUCAUGGAAAAAAAAUCCUCGAAUGCCAUCAAGGGCCAAACAGAGAUAGGAAGACCAAUGAAAAAAAGUUUCAGCAGUGUAAAAAAAAUUCUGAUCAUACGUACAAAGUCAGCCAAAGAAACUAUGUUCAACCGAGUAAAAAGAAAGGUUGCCCUGCCAAAAUAAAAAUCCGCCAUGUACUUAAGUUUCCUGGAUACCAACUUGCAGAAAACCAGAAUUCUAAAUACAUCCGGAACCAGGUUGCAGCCAAACUGAAGGAAGAUUUAAAAUACAAAAAUCAUGAUGUGUUAUCUGAACACAGAUUCUAUGUUUCCUUUCCAGAAAAUGAUGAACAUUGCAAUCAUCUAAAAGGAGAGGCCUCCUGUAUCCUACAGCCGAUGGACAGGAGACUCUCCGAGUACAUUAAGAAGAUUGUAAUGGAGCACGGGGUAACAAGUACUCUAAAAAUGAAGUUGUUGCUUGAGGUCUACUUGAAGGAGUUCAUUUUUAAAGAUACCCCUUUGCCACCCAAAUAUAACAAAAGAUUUUGGCCUUCAUUAAAAGACAUAUACAACCAUAUGGGAAGUCAGUUAUUGAAACUGAGGGACAGCUGUAUUGAUCAGCAAAUAAUUCAGGAAAUGGUUACAAAAGAGAACUCAUAUCAUCCAGAUGACAAGUUUUAUAUAAGAACCAAGAAUGAAGAGUCAGAGUCCGUAAUUGAAGAACCUGAUGAGAAUUUAUUGUUGGAUGAAGAUUUUACCAUUCGACGCACUGGUUGCAGGAAUAAGUUUUUGUAUGUUCACCAAACAAAGUGGCAACAGGAACUAUUGAGACGUUAUGGAAAUGAGAUUUGCCUCUUGGACGCCACAUACAGAACUACACGAUAUUCUUUGCCCCUGUACUUUCUUUGUGUACCUACCAAUGUCAACUAUAUGACUGUUGCUACAUUUAUUGUGGAGUCGGAAGAUACACCUUCUAUACAAGAAGCUUUGUCAAUUUUAAAAGCGUGGAAUCUUGCAUGGAGACCUGCAUUUUUUAUGUGCGAUUAUGCCAAUGAAGAAAUUAAUGCCAUAGAAACUGUGUUUCCAGAGUCAUUUGUAUACCUUUGUGAUUUUCACCGUGAACAGUCCUGGGAUAGGUGGCUAAAGGCAUCCCACAACUGUAUAGGAAACGACAAACCAGAAAUUUUGAACCUCUUCCGUUCUAUUGCACAUGCAAACACCAUUGAGGAAUUCAACAUGGCUAAAUCAGCUUUAGAGGAAAGUAGGUUCUGGACCAACAACAGUCGAUUGAGAAGUUGGUUCAAAGACAGAUGGUUGGACAAACACAAGCGAUGGGUAAAGGCUUUUCGCCAGAUGAGGUUCAAUGCCUCCGUUAAUACCAACAAUGGGGUUGAACGACAGAACAAAAGCCUGAAAUAUGAAUUCUUAGAAAAGAAAAAGGCUAAAUCACUGUCUCACCUGCUCACCAUUCUCUGGCAUGAAUUUCUUCCGGACAUCUACCAAAGAUACGUUAGACAGAACUUGUCUUCUGCUGAAGAAGCAAGGAAUUAUGCAGAGAACAUACCAGGGUUUCUUGUAAAUCGGCCAGGAAGUGUUGUUAAACACUGUUAUAAGAGGUGGGACGACUCCGUUAACAUUUCUGUUGAUGAUAUAGACCAGAUAGGAGAAGGUCAGUUUCUGGUAAAAAGCCAGACACCUGGUUGUUCACAAGUGUAUACUGUCAACUUUUUGCCAGGAGGAUUUCCUAUUCCAUCUUGUAGUUGUGAUGAUUGGAGGAAACACCACCUCAUUUGCAAGCACUUUUGUGCAAUUUUUAGACAUACUCCGUGGAAGUGGGAGCAGCUUCCGAAGGAGUACAGGAAUAAUCCUUUUAUCACCCUUGAUGAUGAUGUACUUCACCACUUCUGUUCUCCAACUGAAGAAGAUACUACAAUAAACAGUGAACCCUGCUUUCAAGAAUCCGAGUCUUCAAUGAAGGGAAGCCAAUCUUUGCCCGUGCCUACUAAAUCAAGAUUGUCAAAAUUGAGGUCAAAAAUCUUGGGCAUUUUUGAAGUGAUAAAAUCACAUGUUUAUAGCUGUAAAGAUGAGGUUCGCCUAGAAGAGGUUUUCAACAAGCUUCAAAAUACAGCAGAGACUCUUAGAGACCUUUCAUGUGAGAACAAUGAGUUUCUGGUUGAUGAAGAGAAGGACAUGACCCACAUAGGCACCCCAAAAGCCAGGAGAUUAUCUCUUUCCAAGAAAAGAAGAAAAGGUACAGGUAGACAUGGUGUAGCAGCUGACAGAUUAAAGACUUACUCUUCAAAAGGCAUUGGGGAUUUAUUGAAGAGAGAGAGUGACGAGUGUAAAGUUAUUGAAGAAGAAGUGAUCUCUAUAGAUGACAAUGAUCAAUGUGUAUUUAACACAAUUUCUGAUGUAAAAGGCAUUUUGAAGAGAAAAGGAGAAAAUAAUUCAUCAGUCAAGAAAAGAGUUCAAUUUUCUGAUACAUAUUCUUCAUACCCACAAGAGGACAUAAAGCAAUGUUGUAGCCAUGAUGCUUUACAAGAAGUGAGAAAACUUUGGAGUUUGGAAAGAGGUACAGGAUAUAUAGUGGGGAAAGUUUCCAACUUCAAUGUUACUGAUACUGACAUAAGAUCUCUGAAUGGCACUAGAUGGGUGACUGAUCAGGUUGUAGAUGCAUAUUUAGCAAAUAUUGUGCAAAGAGAGCUUGAGAAGGGCAAGUCUGUUUCAUUGUAUCCCUCACAAACAAUGAAAAGUUUAGUAGAAGGGACUUUUUCUGUUGAUAAAUGCAGACAAAAGUUGAAACUAUGGGAGUACUCUACUAUAAUUGGAGCAGUGUGCCAAAACAACCAUUGGACAAUCCUGAUUAUCGACCCAAAGAAAAGGAUUGUUAAUUUCAUAAAUCCAAAGGGAGAAGGGGAUUCAGAAUUAAAUAAAAUUAAGAAGAACUGGUGUGCAUAUAUCAAAGCCAGGAAGGAGGUAUACAAUGAGGUGGAGGCAGAGGAUGGCAGUUGGUCUGUGCAGACAUUAAAACACUCCAAGCAAAGAGAUGCAUUUAACUGUGGAGUAUAUUGCCUAAUAUUUGCUGAUCGAUACUUUCUGGAGGAACCGCUGACAGAUAUAACAGACAAGAGCCUCUCUACCGCAAGAAAGGAAAUUGCUGCCUCUUUGAUGAUGUGUAAUGCCUGGCAAGCAGAAUACUGUCCUACAUGUGGAUUUAGUACAGAUGAAGAAGAGUUGGUUAGAUGUAAAAAAUGCUGUAAACCCUUUCACAAGGCUGAAGCAUGCGUUGGUCCUGGUAAUUUAACCAACAGAACUUCAGGUUUUACUUGCCUGAUUUGCUCCAAGAGUUAUGAAGACCCACCAGAAGGUAUAGGAACUGGAAAGAAGAGGAAGAGUUCUCCAGAAAAAGAGACCACUGCCCAGCUGGAAGAUAAUGUUCAAAGCUUGUGGACAGAAAAGCCAGUUGGACACCUGUGUAGUAAAAUAGGUCACUACAAAUUAAGUGACAAAUCUUUCCAUUGUUUGAAAACAAUGCUUCCAGAUGAGGUCCUUGACGCAUAUAUGUAUCUGCUGUCUGCUUCUCAUGAGAGCAAGAAGAUAUAUCAUGUCAAUUGCACUAUUAUGACAGCAAUUUUUCAAGGGAAUGCAGAAUUGCAUAACUACCUUUCAGAGGUGCCCAAGUUGGAUGAAUUUGAUGUUAUUUGUGGUGCUCUAAAUGAAGGUUCCUGUCAUUGGACUCUAAUAUAUGUGGAACCCAAGAAUAAAUUGUUGUUUUACAUCAACCCAUUAGGAGAGUCAUACCAAAGGCUCAGACGUGUUGAUGAGAAAUGGAAAGAGUUUUUAUUUGGAAGAGAAAAUUUGGGCAUAGAGGAAUCCACCACAGAGUGGUUUGUUCACCCAAAAAAACAUCCACGUCAGAGAGAUUCUACAUCCUGUGGAGUUAUAGUAUUGAAGUUUCUAGAGCGUUUGCUUCAAGAUGAGGAUUUAGAUAUUGAUAUUCAGAAAGGCGAAAUGAUGCGAGCAAGGGAAAACAUCGGACAGGUCCUGUUAAAAAACAGUGAUGAUUUUGAUUGCAACUGCAGCCAUUGUUUUACAAAAGAAACAACUACAAAGGAAUCAUUGACCUCUGCAAAUUAUGAUUUGAGGAAAGACCCCAAAAAGAUAUUUGCCUUAUUCAAAGUUCAGACGUUUGAGAGAGAGCUCUACAGCUUUGAGGGAUGUGAAGAUUUCCCAAAGCAAGAACAAAUGAAUGAGUGUAUGGAAAAGAAGGCUUCAGAACAGAUUGCCGAAUGCAAUGCUUGGUUGCACAAGAGCGUAAAUGCUGAAACUGAACAGUCCAAGAAGGUGGUCAGCAUUUUGUGCGAAUGGCCAAGAAAGGAUCUUCCCAUCAGCAAGGGAACAGGAAACAUACUAGGCCACAAUAUAGCAACCUUGUUUUCAACACACAUCAAAGCUAAGCUGAAGGAAAUAAUGGAAUUAGAGGAGGGUGACAAGAGGUGUUAUGAGCCACACUGGAGACAUCUGCGGUGGAUUGACAGAAAUGAUUUCACAGACCACAACAUUAUGAAUAACUCUUUUAAAGGAAUGGAAGAAAGAAUUAAACUUUUCUCUAAAAAGAGUUUUACAGAAAUUAGUGCCCUUGUUUUGGAAGAAUUUGCCUUGUUUAAACCAAAAACAAUCAUUGGUCUCCUGAGUCCCCCAGGAUAUUACCUGAGCGUGAAAAAUUGCAGGAAUGAGAAGUUAAUGGCAACACUUGAGGAUGGACCUGGUCAAAAAUUCAAUGAAGGAGUGCGAUAUUUCAAGGACGUGUUGCUUGUAGAAGCAAGAAUCAUCUACGCCUCCAUUGUUAAAAACCUUCAUUAUAGAGAGGCUGAAGAACUUCUAUACCCAAUGAAAUAGCAUCUGUGCAUGGUUUCAAUUGAGUUUUGAGAUUUGUGUAUAUCUGAUAGAUUGUUUUUCAUCAAUCAGUAUGACAUUUUACAAUAUAUUAUUAUUUUGCAAUUGUGAACUUAUAUUAUUUGGUUUUUUUUCGUCAUAUUUUGUAUAAAAGUACAC